UGUAAGUUGGAGUAUCAGGCAUGUAUCUCAGGGAAGCAGAUCUCAGUCCAGUGUUCUGGCCAGUGUCCGUGUCCUGCUGUCCUUCCUGAAUACAGCACAGCAGGACAGACAGAGUGCAGUGAGUCAGACAUAAAGGAGGUUGUGGGUCGGUUAAGGGACUGGUUCAGAGUUCUACUUGAGAACGGAAACAACAACAAGAAACUGAAGACACACAUACCUCAGAAAAACAAGUUCAGCUCAGGGGCGGGGCCUAUCUGUAAGGAUCCUCUUGGUUGGAUGUUCUCCCGCCUCGACACAAACUUUGACCUCCAGCUGGACCAAUCAGAGCUCAGCAGGCUGGGGCUGGACAGGAAGGAAGGCUGCUCCGAUGCACUCUUCACUUCCUGUGACACACCCCCCGACACACACCCCGACACACUCCUCCUCUCCAGCGCAGAGUGGUGCACCUGCUUCCAGAGAUACACAGGUGAGUAG